UCUAACAAAAUAUAAAAGAAAUAUUUCCCGCCAAAUUAAACGUCAAUCAAAGGUAUUGUAAAUUUUAUUGAGAAAAGCGGUAAAUAGGUUUUCGACACAUAAAUAUCGCCCUAUUAUGGCAGAAUCCCUAGCUGCACAGCGAGCAAAACGACAAAAAACCGACAAACACGGUAGAUUUUCUGCUUUGGAAAAGCUUAAACAGUUAAAAGGCAAAGGUUCUAAACACAAAUAUGAUGUGGACGAGUUGGAAAAUGUGUACGAUACUGUCGAUGAAAGAGAAUACUCAGAGCGGGUGUUACAGCGUCAGGAAGACGACUGGAUUGAAGACGACGGUACUGGGUAUGUAGAGGAUGGACGAGAAAUCUUUGAUGAUGAUGAGGAUGCAUAUGUUACAACAGACAAUAAAGAAACAGGACGAGGCCAGAAGAGAAAAGCUAGAGUUGCAGCACAGCCUUCCACCAAAGGAAAUAUUCGCAAUUUGUUAGGAUCUAUGACUGCAAAAAAGAAAGAGGAUGUUAAAAUAUCAGAAGACAACAUAUUAUCAGACAUAAUGUCUGAUUUAGAUGGAAAUGCAGCAUCUUCAAGCACAAAACCUAAACCACCACCAACCAAGACUAACAUCAUUGAAUCUAGUAAAAGAGAUGCUCAGAACUACUUCAAAAGUUUAUCAACUUCAAUUAAGAAGCCAAGUACUGUUACAUUUAACAAUAGCACACCGGUAAUAAAAGAUGAACAAGUUGUAAGAUUUAAUAAAAAACCAUUGAAAAAGCCAGAAUGGAAAAUAGAGAAAGAAAUCAAACAGGAAUUGGAAGAUACUGCUACAGAAAAUAUUGAAGAAUUUAACACACAAGAUAUUGUUUUUGAUGAUGAUUUUAGUGAUAAUGCACCUAUAGAAACAAUAGUGAAAGAAGAGGCACCUAGUGCAGCAAAUACUGUAGCAGAUGUGGCUGAGGAAUUUCUUGAAGAUUUUGAAAUAUUUACAGCACCUAAAAUUCAGGUUCAGAAAGAGUUAAAACCACUGGCGUGUACCUGGUCAGGGGAAAUGGCUGAUAACAAAGCAGCAGCAAUGGUACAAUCUGAUGGUCAAUUACCACUCCAAGCUGGUGAAAAUGGAGAGAAACUACUAAAGUUCUACUGGCUUGAUGCAUGGGAAGAUAGGUUUGUGAAACCAGGUGUGAUAUAUCUGUUUGGUAAAGUGUAUGUGAAUCCAUCCAACAAGAAAGCUGGAUGCACAUCUUGUUGUUUAGUUGUGAAGAACAUCAAUCGCCAGAUGUUUUUACUACCUAGGGAAUACAAAUUAGACCCGGUGACAUUGGAAUCCACUGAUCAAGAAGUCACAAUGAUGGAUAUGUAUGAAGAAUUUAAUAAAACAGUAGCCAUUGAGCUUGGUCUAAAAGAGUUUAAAUCCAGAAAAGUCACAAAAAAUUAUUGUUUCAAUUUGCCAGAUAUUCCAGCACAAUCAGACUAUUUAGAGGUUAAAUAUUCUGCGUCAUUUCCAAUGCCUCCAGUAAACAAAAAGUACCUAACAUUUUCACAUAUCUUUGGUACCAAUACACCAUCUUUGGAAACUUUUCUAUUGGAGAGGAAGAUCAAAGGACCUUGUUGGCUAGAAAUUAAACAUGCAGAACCAGUAGCAGCUAAGGUCUCCUGGUGCAAAUUAGAAGCAGUAUGUGAUAAAAUGGAAAACAUUAAUGUUAUUAGAAAUGACACAGAUUUGCAACCCCCGCCAAUUACCAUAGCUACUAUAAAUAUGAGAACAGCAAUGGAUCCAAAAACAAAGAAAACAAAAAUAUUAAUGUUGAGUUGUCUGUCUCACAAUAAUUUUCCCAUUCACAAAACACCACCAAAUCCGCCAUUUCAGCAACACUUUUGUGUUAUGACAAAAUGUAAUGAAAUUUGGCCACUGGAUCUUAAACAAGCAUUACCCGAAUAUAAAUCAACAAAACUGACCAAGUGCGAUACUGAACGAGAGCUUCUCAAUUAUUUUAUGGUACAGUUUUGGAAACUAGAUCCAGAUUUAGUAGUUGGUCAUGACUUGCAAGGUUUCCAACAAGAUUUACUCAUUGGUAACAUUUUGGAUCUCAAUAUACCGAAUUGGUCACGUUUGGGACGUUUAAAGAGGUCUGUACCUCCUCAAAGAAAAUUUGCAGCAAAAGAUGCUUUUCUUGGACGACUGGUGUGUGAUAUAAAAUUAUCUGCUAUGGAACUAAUCAGAGCUAGGAGCUUCGAUCUCGAUACACUUUGCGUUAAUGUUUUAAAGAUGAAAGAAGGCGACCGUGUCGAUGUAUCGAUUGAAGAUUUACCACGAUAUUAUGAAAACAGCAGGGACUUGUUCCAACUAGUAUCAUUAAGCAUGCAAGACGCUUCAUACAUAAUCAAAAUUAUGUGCGAACUGAAUGUGAUACCACUAGCUUUACAAAUAACGCAAAUCGCUGGAAAUGUAAUGUCUAGAACUUUAAUGGGCGGUAGAUCUGAGAGAAACGAAUUUCUAUUAUUACAUGCAUUUACUGAAAAAAAUUAUAUAGUACCUGAUAAAGUCUAUGGUAAAAAAGUGCCGCAAGACGACGGAAAUAAUGAUGAACAAAAUGAAGAAGGGGCCAAUUUAUCUAAAAAGCAAGGAAAGAAAAAAGCCGCUUAUUCUGGUGGCCUAGUACUGGAUCCUAAGAAAGGUUUUUACGACAAACUUAUUCUUCUCAUGGAUUUCAAUUCAUUGUACCCAAGUAUAAUUCAGGAAUAUAAUAUUUGUUUCACAACAGUCAAAAGGAAAAGCACAAUGCCUUCCGAUGAUGACAUUAAUAACAUUGUCUUGCCUACCAGCAACACGGAAUUUGGAGUUUUGCCAACACAAAUCCGAAAAUUAGUAGAGAGCAGAAGAGAAGUUAAAAAAUUAAUGAAGACCCCAGAUUUACCACCAGAUCAGUAUAUGCAAUACAAUAUUAGGCAAACUGCUCUCAAAUUGACGGCAAAUUCAAUGUACGGUUGUUUAGGAUUCACACAUUCGAGAUUCUAUGCAAAGCCGCUGGCGGCCAUGGUCACAAUGAAAGGUAGAGAAAUUCUGAUGGACACCAAAGAAAUUGUACAAAAACUGAAUUACGACGUUGUAUACGGUGAUACAGACAGUUUGAUGAUAAACACAAAUUGCUUAGAUUAUGAUAAUGUUUUUAAAAUUGGCAUCGACUUAAAAAGAGAAAUCAACAAGAAAUAUAGACAAAUAGAACUUGAUAUCGAUGGAGUAUUCAGGUAUUUAUUGCUUUUGAAGAAAAAAAAAUAUGCAGCUGUAUUGAUAAGUAAGAACAAAAAUGGAGAAUUUGUGUUGACACAAGAGCAUAAAGGUUUAGAUAUUGUACGCCGUGACUGGUCGCAGCUAGCUGCAGAAGCUGGUAAAUUUAUUUUAAGCCAAAUUCUGUCGGAGCAAUCUGAUGAUGAAAGAUUAGAGAGCAUUCAAAACCACCUUAAUAAACUUAAGGAAGACUUAACAAAUAAUAAAAUGCCGCUUUCCAUGCUCACGAUAACAAAACAAUUGACUAAAAAUCCCAACGAAUACGCGGACAAAAGUUCUCAACCCCACGUGCAAGUCGCUUUGAGAUUAAACAGUAAGAACAGUCGAAGAUUCAAAAAAGGCGAUAUUGUGCCGUAUAUUAUUUGCGAAGACGGGACUGCCAACUCUGCGACUCAAAGAGCAUAUCAUAUCGAAGAAUUGAAAAAUUCUGAACACCUUAAAAUAGAUUAUAACUAUUACCUCGCUCAUCAGUUGCAUCCUGUGAUAUCGAGAAUAUGCGAACCCAUUGAAGGAAUGGAUCCCGCGCGCGUUGCAGAUUGCCUCGGCUUAGACCCGUCUGGUUACAAACAAAUUAUCAAGAAAGAACAUACUAACACUGAAAUAUACGAAGUUGAGAAUGAAAAAGAGAAGUAUAGGCAUUGCCAGGAAUUUAUUUUUAAAUGCGUAAAUGAAAAUUGCAAGACUGAAAACAGAAUAAAAGAAACCAUCAUAAAGUCAGAUAAAGAAAAUAUAACGUUUUUAGAAAAAUGUCAAAACGAUAAAUGUACCAUAAGACCAGUAGACUAUUUGUCCAGCAUACAGAAUCAGUUGCAAAUCCAGAUGCGCCAGUAUCACGCGCAGUAUUAUGCGGGCUGGCUGUCGUGCGAGGACCCGGCGUGUGGACACCGCACCGCCCGGUUACCGCAGACCUUUGCAGGCGGGUACCCGCUCUGCAGACAGUGUGAAAAAGGAGUCAUGUUCCGAGAAUACACAGAAAAAGAUCUUUAUUUGCAAAUAAACUUUUUCCUGUAUAUAUUUGAUCUCAGCAAAAGUAACAGCACUGCAAAAAUACGAAUACCUCCUGAAAUCGUCUCCGCAUUCCAGAUACUAAAAGAAAUGGUGGCAGACUGUCUGGCACAUUCUGCAUACUCAAUCAUAAACCUUUCCAAACUAUUCAGAUUCUUUUCAAUAGACUCUAAAGGUAGUAAAAAAUUGCAAACUGAACCAAUAGAAAUAGACAUCCUGCCUGAGACGGAACAGAUAGAUGCACUUUUAGAAAUGGGCACCUAUUGAACACAGUUAUUGUAAAAAAAUCAUGUUUUAUAAAAUAAAUAAAAACACACAUGUACAAA